AUGACUUCGACGACGGUCGACUCGGACUCUUCGCCCUCGACCAGGAUGGGGUCCCCCAUCGACUCGCCCAGGCAUUCUGCCUCUUCUACCUCGCUCUCGUCCAUGUCGUCCAUGGGCGAAAAGGCGUCGUCGUCGCACGGCAAGCUCAUCGACACGUACGGCAACGAGUUUGUCGUGCCCGACUAUACCAUCAAGGACAUCCACGACGCCAUUCCCAAGCACUGCUUUGAGCGUUCGGCGGCCAAAGGGUUGUACUAUGUCUUCCGUGAUAUCGCCUGCCUGGCCACCACCUUCUACCUGUUCCACACGUACCUAACGCCCGAGAACGUGCCUUCGACCACUGCUCGCGGUGCCCUCUGGGGCCUGUAUACGGUCCUGCAGGGUCUCUUCGGCACCGGUAUGUGGGUGCUGGCACACGAAUGUGGCCACCAGGCCUUCAGCCCCUCCAAAGUUUUGAACGACACGGUCGGCUGGGUCCUGCACUCGUCUCUGUUGGUGCCUUACUUCAGCUGGAAGAUCUCGCACGGUAAGCACCACAAGGCGACGGGCAACAUGCACCGCGACAUGGUGUUCGUGCCUAAGACGCGAGAGGAACGCGCCAGCCGCAUCGGCAGGCUAGCUCACGAGCUCAACGAGCUCGGUGAGGAGACACCCAUUGCCACGUUGAUUCACCUCAUUGGACAGCAGCUGAUCGGCUGGCCUUACUACCUUACUGGCAACAUCACGGGCCACAACUACCACGAAAAGCAGCGCGAGGGCCGCGGCAAGGGCAAGACCAACGGCCUCUUCCGCGGUGUCAACCACUUCAAUCCCUCUAGUCCCCUGUACGAAGCCAAGGACGCCAAGCUGAUCUUGUUGAGUGACUUGGGCGUCGGCCUGACGGCCACGGCCUUGUUCUUCUUGACCAAGUCUUUCGGCUUCAGCAACAUGCUCGUCUGGUACUUCCUGCCGUACCUGUGGGUCAACCACUGGCUGGUUGCCAUCACUUUCCUACAGCACACCGACCCGACCCUGCCGCAUUACGAGCCCGAGUCGUGGAACUACGUCCGCGGUGCCGCCGCCACUAUUGAUCGCGAGUUUGGUUUCAUCGGCCGCCAGUUGCUACACGGCAUCAUCGAGACGCACGUCCUGCACCACUACGUGUCCACGAUCCCAUUCUACAACGCCGACGAGGCCUCGGAUGCCAUCAAGAAGGUCAUGGGCCGCCACUACCGCUCGGAUACCAGGGAUGGUUCCAUCGGAUUCAUCAAGGCCCUGUGGCGAUCGGCGCGCAUGUGCCAAUGGGUCGAGCCUAGCGAGGGGGCUGAGGGAGAGGGCAAGGGCGUGCUAUUCUUCCGAAAUGCGAACGGCAUUGGCACGGAACCUCUGAAGCUUGCUCCCCCCAAGGUAUGA